ACCCACCUUCCCCCCGCCCCCGAAGUCUCCCCGCUCCCGCACCGCCGCCGCGGACCUCGCCGCCGGCAAUGGCGUGGCUUGCGCGCUCCAUCGCCAACUCCCUCCUCGCCCCCGAGGAGAAAGAAUCCAGCGGUACCGGCCCGGGCCCCUCCGCCUCCCCCGGCUCCUCCUCCUCCUCCCCGCCGCGCGGCGUCCGCGAGGACCUCUCCGAGUUCACCGGCGCGCUCGCAAACCGCUUCCAGGGCCUCGCAUCCUUCCUCGCGCCCGCCGCCCCCGGCGGAGGCGGGCCGCGGCGGCCGGACCCGGCCGAGAUCGCGGGCCGCUUCCGCGCGGGCCUCGCGCGGCUCCCGGGCCGCCAGGCUGUCGCGGAUCUCGCCAAGAUCGCCUCCUCGCUGCUGCCCCCGGAGGGCGGCGACGCGGACUGGGCGGAGUCCGCCGUGGGGGUCACCGAGGAGGUGGUCGCCUUCGCGCGGGACGCCGCUCUGAGGCACGAGCUCUGGCUCGACUUCCCCCUCCUCCCCGACGACGCCGACUCCGACGAUUUCGACAUGACUGAUGCGCAGCAGGACCACGCGCUGGCCGUCGAGAGCGUGGCGCCGGAGCUGGCUGAUCUACGGAUCGAACUCUGCCCCAGCCACAUGAGCGAGGGCUGCUUCUGGAAGAUAUACUUCGUCCUGCUGCAUCCUAAGCUCAUGAAGGAGGAUGCUGAUAUUCUGUCGACUCCACAGAUUUUGGAAGCUAGAGGCAAGUUGUCACACGAUUUGCGAUAUCAGAUGAAGUUACAGAGCAGCAAUGAAGACACCGUACCUGUGCCUUUCAGCAAUGUAGAUGGUGCUUUAGCUUCUCCUGUAGAGGUUUUGAGCACAUUAAAGGGUCAGGAUGGCUCUGUGAUGGCCACAUCUUUUAGCAACAUAGACUAUGGCAUCUCUCAACCAACCAAUCAGGAAUUUCUAUCAGCUAAUGCAAUCAGUGAUGCUGGAACUGUUUCUUCAGAUAACAUCAGCAGCAGUGUACCUGUACAGCUAGUGCCCAUAUUGAAAGACGCUACUGUGGAGUCACAGUCUACGGUGGAAGAAAGUACACGCGAUCUCUCUACAGGAGAUGCAACAACAGAAGAACAGAGCAUGCAAAUGUCUGAGAUAGCAUUGGUGGACAAUUCUCCUCCUAAAGAUGACCAACAGAAACAACAUUUAGCUGACAUCAGUGAGCAAUCAAGAGUUGACAUUCGGAAAGCUUAUCAUGAUGAGGAUGAUGAUGGCGAUGAAUGGUUGGAAGAGGAGACAGGGGGCCCAGGAAGCACGGCGAUUCCAAUUGCAGAUGAUGAAGAUGUAUCCUUCAGUGAUCUAGAGGAUGACGAUGGUACAAAAUGACAUCGCCAGCAGCAGCUUCAUCAUCCUCUAGAAUUUGUGCAGCCGAUUCCAUUAUACGGUCAAAUGCGAGGAGCUUGGAAGAUGCCCACUGUAUGGUCUCGUACUCUCAUAGGGCUGCUGUGAUCAGCUGCUACUGCUUCAGAAUUCGCUGUGACCCUGGUACUUUACAGUGCGCCACGGUUUUCGCAGUACAAAUAUGCCCCAUUUUUAUCUUCCAACUCGUGGAUUUAAGGUUGUGAUGUUUAGUGACUGUUGUACAGUGUGCAGAGACUACUACGCAUAUUUGGAUGCUUUGGAAUUUCAGAUAAUACUCUGAUUCCUCCAACCUGCCACCCUAUAUACAAUCUGGGAUGAUGAAAUAGAAUUCGCCUUAUCUUUAUCUUCUCAAGGAA